CCCAAAUAGGGGUCCUACGCCUUUAAGUGGCGGGGUCGCGCUCGCUGUGGCGAAAGUUGAUUGGGUGGAAUGAGGUUUUCCCCGCCGCGCGGAAGUGACGUGCGAAGAAGCCCACGUGUGUGUUUCUAUUCCACAUGGCGGCGCUCCGCAAGAGCCUUCUGCUGGCCGGGCCUCACGUGGGGGCCCUCGGGCACCGCGUGGGUCGGCGCGAGGCCAGUCUGGGCCCAGAUCCCGGGGUCACGGUGCGAGUGCGCUUCGCUCCCAGCCCCACAGGCUUCUUACACCUGGGUGGCCUCCGUACUGCCCUCUACAACUACAUCUUUGCCAAGAAGCACCAAGGGAGCUUCAUUCUGAGGCUGGAGGACACUGAUCAGAGCCGCCUGGUACCGGGGGCAGCAGAAAACAUUGAGGACAUGCUGGAGUGGGCAGGCAUCCCACCUGAUGAAAGUCCCCGCCAGGGUGGUCCUGCAGGGCCCUACUAUCAGUCACAGCGGCUAGCUCUGUAUGCCCAGGCCACAGAAGCAUUGCUGAAAUCUGGAGCUGCCUAUCCCUGUUUCUGUUCACCACAGCGGCUGGAGCUCCUGAAGAAGGAAGCACUGAGGAGCCGUCAGACACCUCGGUAUGACAAUCGAUGCCGGAACCUGAGCCAGGCACAGGUGGCCCAGAAGCUGGCCACAGACCCCAAGCCUGCUAUCCGCUUUCGCCUAGAGGAAGCAGUACCAGCCUUCCAAGACCUGGUAUAUGGCUGGACUCAGCAUGAAGUGGCCAGUGUGGAGGGGGACCCAGUUAUCCUGAAAAGUGAUGGCUUUCCUACCUACCACCUAGCCUGUGUGGUAGAUGACCACCACAUGAGCAUCAGCCAUGUACUUCGGGGCUCUGAGUGGCUGGUCUCUACAUCCAAGCACUUGCUCCUCUACCAGGCCCUGGGUUGGCAGCCACCUCAAUUUGCUCAUCUGCCCCUGCUCCUCAACAGGGAUGGUAGCAAGCUGUCUAAGAGGCAAGGGGACAUUUUCCUGGAACAUUUCGCUGCCACCGGUUUUCUUCCAGAAGCCUUGCUUGACAUCAUCACCAACUGUGGCUCGGGGUUUGCAGAGAACCAAAUGGGCAGGACCCUGCCGGAGCUGAUUACACAGUUUGACCUGACUCGGAUCACCUGCCACUCAGCCCUGCUGGACCUAGAGAAGCUCCCAGAAUUCAACAGGGUCACAUCAGCCGUCUGCAGGAUCUGGUCUCCCCAGUGUACUCCUACUUAUGGACCCGCCCUGCUGUCCAUCGAGCAGAGCUGGGCGCCAGCUCGGAAAAGUUGGAUGUGAUUGCCAAACACUUGCUGGGGUAAGUGCUCACAUACCUGGUUAAGGGUUGGAUGCACCCUUCUCAUUCUUUGCCCUGGCUUCUGUCCACCAGACAUUGGCUCUUGCUCCCCAUCACAAAACUGUGACAAGCUAAAAAAAAAAAAUGCUCUUUCCCUGGCUUCUCAGUUAAGGACAGCAACUCUUAAGGCCCAGGUGACUCUGCUCCCUGAGCUUCCUUUCUUCAGCUGUGUGUAAGGAAGAGAGGACCUGGCUUACUGUAGCAGUAUCAGAAUUUUUGUUUAAUUUUUUUUUAAAGAUUUAUUUAUUUUAUGUAUAUGAGCACACUGUCGCUGUCUUCAGACACACCAGGAGAGGGCAUCAGAUCCCAUUACAGAUGGCUGUGAGCCACCAUGUGGUUGCUGGGAUUUGAACUCAGGACCUCUGGAAGAGCAGUCAGUGCUCUUAACCACUGAGCCAUCUCUCCAGCCCCUUUGUUUAAUUUUUUUAAAUAUUUGUUUAGUUUUAAUUUAUGUGUAUGAGUAUUUUGCUUGCAUGUAUGCCAGUGUAUGCCAUGUGUAUACGUUUAUUGUAUUGUUAACAUGCUGAAACUUUUUAAACUUUGGCUUUAACCUGGGUUUUAGAAGUCAGGCUUUGGGUUGGGGAUUUGGCUCAGUGGUAGAGCACUUGCCUAGCAAGCGCAAGGCCCUGGGUUCGGUCCCCAGCUCCGAAAAAAACAAAAAAACAAAAAACAAAAAAAAAAAAAAAGAAGUCAGGCUUUGGAAGCAGGAAAGUUAUGGCCUGGUGCAGUCUUCCAUCUACCUAGUUCUUCUCAUAAUUUAAUUCUUACUUUCUACUUUUUUGCCCAAAUGAUAAUAUUACAGUGAUAAUGUCUGUGUGUUUUUAGAUGAUUUUUCCACUUUUUGUCUUUUUCUUUUAAGAGAUAAUUGCUGAACUGGGCAGUGGAGAUUUAGACAUUUAAUUCUAGCACUCAGGAUACAGUGGUCUUUGGAUUUUUAUAAGUUUAAGGCCAACCUAGUCUACACUAUGAGUUCUAGGACAGCCAGGGCUACACAGACAUCCCACCCCUCCCCUCCCCCCCAAAAGGACAUAGGUUCUAUAUGCUGCUUAGGCUAGUCCCAAACUAAACUCAAAUGAGUUUCUUCCUUCACCCUUUUGAGAAGCUAACACUGUAAGCAUGGACUGUUACACCCAACAGUGUAACUCGAGUUGUCUAUUCCUUGAAAGUCUCCUUAUUCCUUUCAUGGCUAACUUUACUGUAACACCACUCCAAACAAUUUAUCUAUUUAUGUACAUUAGCGUUGCUUCCUUAUUUUCAUAUUUUGCUUUUAAAAGUGACUGCACUGAAUAAACUUGCAUGGAUAUAUGACUAAGCAUGUUUGCAAGUCCAUCCCUCAAUCAGAAUCCAAGAGCUAAUAUUGUCAGUAAUUUGGGACAUUCCAUAGUAGGGUCUUUAAUUCUUUUUUGUUUGCUUGUUGUUUGAGACAGGGUCUCUGUUGGCAGUAAAAAUAAAAAAAUUGGCGGUCCGGUUCCCGCACGUACCAUGAUGGUCGCACUCUCGCUAGUUCCAGCUCCAGCGGGCCACUGGAACUAUCUCUAAUUUAUCUCAGCAGCUCCAUGCUGCCCCUAAGUACUCUCUGACCUAGGCAACCAUCUCUCUAUCCAUCUAGUUUCCAGAGCAGGUUGUUACCACACCAGGCUUACACAUCUCAAUACCAUGGCAGGCCAUAUACUCUCUUGAACUCAAUUAAGUCGACACAUGAGAGAACACACCACACAAUAUCCUCUGAUCCAAUUGAUAAGAUAUAAUUUGCCCAUCUAGACAGCACAAAAUCCUGUACACACCCAUCCCUUAAGAAUAGUCGUAACAGGGUUGGGGAUUUAGCUGAGUGGUAGAGCGUUUGCCUAGGAAGCGCAAGGCCCUGGGUUCGGUCCCCAGCUCCGAAAAAAAGAAAAAGGAAAAAGAAUAGUCGUAACAGCCUGUGACUAUGCGUUCACAGAGAAGAAUCUUAACAUCUGCUGCCAUGUUCUCUCAGUUCCUCCCUCUUCCAGCUUCCUCUUCCUCCCUAAAACCUUUCUCCCACCCUUUCUUCUUGUCCAGUGACAGGCCUCAUUCUAUCCUGUACCUGUCUUCACCUGCAUAAUGGCAUCAACCUACAGGUUUCACUCUAUAGCCUUGACUGUUAUAGAACUCACUAGUUAGACCGUGCUGGCCUCAGACUCACAGAGAUCUACCUGUUCAUGCCAUCUAAGUGCUGGGAUUAAGAUGUGCUAUCAUAUCCAGGUUUUUGUUUUUUGUUUUUGUUUUUUUUAAUGCUUGUAAAUAUAUACACAUGAUGUAGUACCCAUGGAGGCUAGAAAAAAUUGAGCCACCCAGCUUCCUCUGAAAGAGCAAUAUAUGCUCUUCACUGCUGAACCAUCUCUCCAACUAUUAAUUCCAAUUCACCAAGAUCAUGUCUUAACUUCUCCUCUUCAUUUUGGGUUAGAUUUCAGAGUCUGGGACUCCUACUCAAGUCAGGAAAGCUGACACCCAAAUGCCUAGGAGCCACCAGACCACUAGAAGUCCCUUUUGUCCCAUAGCCAAGUUCUCAGCCAGCUCUGGCAUGUCCUGGGCUGCCAUUAGCAGCUGCCUAGGGCCUGUCCUGAUCCUUGGCAGUUUCCUUCUCUGAACACAGUGACAUUAGAGAAUGACUGUCCAUAUUCCUCCUAUAUUGCAUUUUGUAUUUUUAGUAUUUUAUCUCCUUGAUUUUAUAAAUAGCAAUGAUCCUAGUUAAUGAUUGGCUUUGUCCAGGAGAACUUCUAUAAUAAGAAUACCACAGACUUCUGUAAAAAACAGUUUUGAAGCUGGGGUCUACAGACAAGUGCCAGCUGAGUCUGGCAGGCGAUGGCAGACUUCUAGGCUUUGUCCUCACGUACUCAGCUGCUGAAGUCUGGCAGUUGUUAAAGAAAGCUGUGCAUACUAAAAGACUGUUUUCUUCAUAAGACUGCCACUCAACCCACUCAGGAGCAGGGGUUCUUCUACUGAAACAUUGUUAUAGCACCUCUGUCCUGUUAUUUUAAAAGUGGUGGGGUUUUAGUUUGUGUGUGUAUGUGUGUGUGUGCAUGUGCGCGCGCAUAUAGAUGCCAAAAGAGACUAUAGACUCCUUGGGACUGAAGUUCUAGGCAGUUAUAAGCCACCCAACAUAGGUGCUGAGAGCUAAGCUUGGGUACUCUAGAAGCAGUAAGUGAUCAUAACUGCUAAGCCAUCUCUCCAGCCUCUGGGAUAUACUCUUAAGGGGCCUGGGAAGCUGCAAUAGAAUAUACCCACCCACCACCUCACUCAGAGGUAGGGUGUAUAGCAGGACUUCCUAGUACUUACCAGUGGUUAAAUACUGAUACAGAAACUUAUUAAUGUUUAUUAAAGCUUAGGCAGAUGGCUGGGCAGAUUCUUAGCCAGCUCAUCUGAGUUAUCCCUACUAUUCUAGCCCAUGUCCCACCGCCAUGUGGCUAGUUCUUUACUUCCCUCUCAUCCUGAGUAUGUCUGUUCCUCUCCAUGUCCUGCUGGCAAAUCUCCCACUUCCUCAACUUCUCAUUUCUUCUCCCAGAGACCCUCUCUCUGCCCAGAAGUUCCACCUUUCACUUCCUGCCCAGCUAUUGGCCAGCAGUCUUUAUUAAAACCAAUAAGCAAGUAAGGAAGGUGGGAAGGUGUUUAUAAAAUAUGAGGCUUAUGGUGGACCACAGGAAUAACAACACCAAGAUCUGCCAGGACUCAGCUCUUUGCAGGUUUGACAAUCAACAAUUGAAUGUACAGACAACCUUUACACAAUGUACAAAAGGCACCCCAAACAGUGGUGAAUGGUUUACAAGUCCAGCUCUCACUAGUUGGGAACCACUCAGAACUCAGAAUGUGCUUUUGGCAAAGGGUAUUAGCUUGACUUUUGGGAACAUGAGGGUGAUUGCUGGCCUGUGGAGUUUGGAGUCUUUGUAUUUCUUUUGUUUGUUUGUUUGUUUUUUUGAGCCAAAAUUUCUCUGUGUAGCCCUCGCUGUUAUCCCUACUAUUCUAGCCCAUGUCCCGCCGCCGAACUCACUUUGUAGACCAUGCUGGCCUUGAACUCGCAGAGAUCCUCCAACCUCUGCCUCCUGAGUGCAUGUGCCAUCACGCCUGGUGACCCUUCGUGUUUCUGUUUGUGAGGAGUCUCUACCUAGCAUGUUUCUAGUGGAGCUGUUCUGGAACUGGUGUUUCCUGAUGUCUACUUUCUAUUUCUCUGUGCUACCGUCUCUUUGACAUAUUUUGAAGCUGCUUCAAGUAACUCCUCAGGGAUUACCCAUUUUUGCAGUCUGUAUUCUAAGUUUUCACUUUAAGUUCUCCUCCAAUGUCUGAGAGCUAUUGGGUGUAGUAAAUGCUAGCUAAGUUUAAGCUUUUAUUGAAACAUAAUAUACAAUAUUUUUGAGUGUUUACUGUGAGUUUAGGGCUUUACUUAGUGCUGGUCAUAUUUUAGCUCUCUGUCACCUCCCUAUCAGUACAGGUGCUAUUAUUGUCCCUAUGUUAUUGAGUCAGUUAUAGGGACUACAUGGCAGUUAGUAAAUUCUCUUAUUAUAGUUCUUAUUUUUAUUUUUGACAUUUAUUUACUUUGUGUGCAUGGAGAGAGGGCACAUGCCAUGGCACAUGAGUGUAAACGUCAGGAUAAACUUGGGAGAAGUUAGUUCUCCUUCCACAAUGUGGGACCUGGGGAUUGAACUCAAUUCAACCAGGCUUGGUGGCUGCCUUUUUGGUGUCCUUUGAGUGACCUAUAUCUUACUACUUGCCUGGGCCACCUGUUUAUGUAGUUCCAUCACUGAUGCAUGCGUAUGAUAGAUUGGUGUAAAGCUCCUCCCCUCAGUAAACUGUUAGUGCUGUAGGCGAUUGACAAUCUUCUGAAGCUUGCUCUCCCAUCAGGAUCAACAUUCCACCUACUCUACCCCCACAGCUGCCUGCCGAGGCACUCACUCUGUAGACCAGGCUAACCUCAGAGUUAGAUUCUCCUGCCUCUGCCUCCUGAGGUCUGGGAUUAAAGAUUUGUACCUUCAUGCCUGGCUCAGACUGGCUCUCUUUUAGGCUUUUAGAAAGACCUGGUUUAAGCCUAACUCAGGAUGUGGUGAACAGAGAACUGAAGAAGUUGUCAGAAGGCCUGGAAGGCACCAAGCAUAGCAGCGUGAUGAAGCUCCUCCGGAUGGCCCUCAGUGGACAGCU